AUGCGGCUUCCAAUAUUCGCUCUUGCCUUUGCUAUCUGCAAGGUAGCAGCAUUGCCUCUCCAGGAUCAAGAUUCCGUAACUAGCUUGCGAAUCCUCGAUGGGUCCGUCCCGGCCAGCGACGAUAGCUCGUCAUCGGGGCCUCGUGAACCACCCAACAAAAAUAUUGGGAACAUGCAUGCCAGGAAAUCGAUUCAUAGGCAUACGUCCCAUCACACAGCACACGAGCACAUGCCUAGGUGCGUCAAUGCCAUCAUGCCGAACGGGGCCGGCGAGACGUUGGCGGAUGGUAAAUCAACGGCUACGGGAAUCGGGGACCUUUCGACUGCCGCGCUCGCCAUAGCCAUUGCGGCUCUAGUCAUCUAG